AUGGAGGAGGUAUCUAAGGGGGAACCUCCCCCUCCAAACGACGUCACGAGCUCCAAGAAAGACGAGCCACCAGCACCCAAGGCUCUGAUGAGGGCAAGGCGCUCUGAAGCAAGCAAGCAAGCAGCCCCAGUCCCCGUUAGUGUGUACGUUCCUAUAUCUGUCGUCGUCCUAAUCCCGGUAUUUCCCCCCCAUGCUCCUGCUCGCACUGGCCCACGAAUCUCAGCCAUGAUUAAGAAGAAAUGUUCAUCCGAAAACGAAUUUGACAUCCGGGCAAAACAUUGCCAUAGAAUGGUCAUCCUGGGUUCCACUAAAGUGGGCAAAACGGCGAUCAUCUCUCGAUUCCUGAAUGAACGGUUUGAUGACCAGUACACACCGACUAUUGAGGACUUUCACAGGAAAUUUUACAGCAUUCGUGGGGAGGUUUAUCAGCUGGACAUUCUGGACACCUCCGGAAACCAUCCAUUUCCAGCAAUGAGGAGGCUCUCUAUACUGACCGGUGAUGUCUUUAUUCUGGUGUUCAGUUUGGAGAACAAAGAUUCGUUCCAAGAGGUACAGCGACUGAAGAGGCAGAUCUUUGAAACUAAGUCCUGUCUGAAAAACAAGACCAAAGAGAACAUCGACGUGCCAUUAGUAAUCUGUGGGAACAAGUCUGACCGUGAAUUUUAUCGUGAGGUCAAGGAGGAGGAGAUAGAUCAGCUUGUCUCAGGGGACGAACCUUGCGCCUACUUUGAGAUCUCCGCCAAGCGCAACAUAAACGUGGACUUAAUGUUUCAAACACUCUUCACAAUAGCCAAACUACCAAACGAAAUGAGUCCAGACCGUCACCGCAAAGUGUCGUUGCAGUAUUGCGACGUCCUUCACAGAAAAUCUUUCCGAAACAAGAAAUUCAAAGACGGUGACGCUUACGGUAUCGUGGCACCUUUUGCUAGGAGGCCAAGUGUGCAUAGUGACUUGAUGUACAUAAGGGAAAAAGCUAUUGGUGGCAGUCAGGGCAACAAAGACCGGUGCGUAAUUUGCUAAGCGCUUCUAGCGCUGCGAGUGGAGCACUGCAGAACGGCUGGGUGAACCGGCUAUUUUGCUGUCUGGAUCCGUAGGAAAAAGCCCUCAGAUGUAGCCGAUGAGUGGCGUCUUUCGUUGUCCCAACUGGUCUGGAUGACAUGGGCAUGAUCUUUAAGACACAUUUACACUGAUGUUAGGGGCGCUAACUUGUCAUGUCGAAACAUGACAAAUGCAGCAACUUGGUGUAAAAUUAUUAUAUAGCCUACCGAGGAGACUGUCCAAAACGACGGACUGAAUGUGAAACUUGACCACUUGUUUACAUUUUGUUAUAUUUUAUAAAGGAGGAAGGAACAUGAGAACUUGAAUGUCAGUGGCAUUGUGAACAAAUGAAAUGAAUGUAUAUUUAUUCUUCUAUGUCGAAGUUUACUUUUAUUACAAAAAAGUGGAAAAUAAAAUUUGGAAAACGUA